UUAAAAUGCACGUUGAAGAGAAACAGCAAAAGGUAAACAAUGCCAAAAAGGCGAAUAAAAAGCAACGGAGAUGUCUUGCGAUAAUGAAAAGCGACUGCCAGGUGUCCUCAAGCGAUGAUCCCACCCUAUACCUGGCGAUUCUCAACGUGGGACUCAGCAAUGGACUUACCGAGGAGUGCUUGCUUCAAGCGGCGGCUGCGACCGGUGGAAGUGUUGCUCAAGUGGUCAUGAUGCCGGGAAAAUCGUAUUGCUUUUUGGUAUGUGCCAGCCUGGAGGACUCCCAACUCAUUUACUUGGGUAUGCACAAUAUAUCCACCAUAGGACAACAGGGAGCAGUGGCAUACUUGAGUUAUGUAAAGGAAUUACCGGCUGUUGCAGAAAAAAAUAAUUGGGACAAACCUCUUCCCAGUGGGCUUCUAGUGAUUUCUGACUUUGUCAGCGAAGAGGAGGAAUCAACUUUGCUUAAGGCAAUUUCCGAUGAUGGGAGAACAUCCGAAGCCACGGGCACUCUGAAGCAUCGAAAAGUCAAGCACUUUGGCUAUGAGUUUCUAUACGGCACCAAUAAUGUGGAUUCGUCAAAGCCUCUGGAACAGUCGAUACCAUCAGCCUGUGAUAUUCUGUGGCCGCGCCUGAAAGACUCUGCAUCUAGUUGGGAUUGGAACACACCUGACCAGCUGACAGUGAAUGAGUAUGAGCCCGGGCACGGAAUACCUCCCCAUGUAGACACACAUAGUGCAUUUUUUGAUCCCAUUCUUUCGCUCUCCCUGCAAUCCGACGUGGUGAUGGACUUUCGUCGAGGAGACGAGCAAGUUCAGGUCAGAUUGCCGCGACGAUCUUUGUUGAUUAUGUCAGGUGAGGCUCGCUACGAUUGGACGCAUGGAAUCAGGCCGAAGCACAUCGAUGUGGUGCCCAGUGGAUUCGGAGGUUUAACCACACAAACUCGCGGCAAAAGGACUUCUUUGACAUUUCGACGCCUCCGAAAAGGGCCCUGCGACUGCUCGUAUCCUACACUCUGCGAUACACGACAAACCAAGGUACCACAGGAGAUAACGGCCUCGUUGGCUGCUCAGGCUGUAACUCUGGAGCAACAGAAUGUCCAUGAGGUAUACGAUAAAAUUGCAGACCACUUUAGCGAAACACGACACACACCCUGGCCACAAGUCGCCGAAUUUUUGGAUUCCUUUGAUGCCCAAUCUGUAGUGCUGGACAUUGGUUGCGGCAAUGGCAAGUAUCUGGGCUGCAAUACCAAUCUGCUCGCCAUAGGUUGUGACCGGGCGCAAGGAUUACUAUCCGUCGGUCGUCGAAAGGGACAGAAUGUCUUUCGAUGUGACUGUCUCAAUGUGCCAGUGCGCUCUUCUAGCAUUGAUGGCUGCAUCAGUAUAGCAGUCAUUCAUCACCUAGCUACAACGGAGCGACGUUUGGUCGCUCUUAUGGAGAUGGCACGUGUUCUCCGACCUGGAGGGCGAGCUUUGGUUUAUGUUUGGGCCAAAGACCAGAGAAAGAAUGAUAAAAAGUCCGCCUAUCUGCGCCAAAAUAAGGCAGUAAAUAAAGAACGUACCACGGAGCAGCAACAACGUCAGAAGCAACAUCAGGAAUUGGAGCAACAAUUGCCCAAUAAUACCCCACUUCCUGUACAUACCAAUCGCACAGAGUUCCAGCAGCAGGACGUACUGGUGCCAUGGAAAACCAAGGAUGAGCACAAUACCACUUAUCUGCGCUACUACCACGUCUUCGAGGAGGAGGAACUGGAGAACCUGGUGUCCCAGCUGUCAGAGGUGCAAUUAAUCAAAAGCUACUACGACCAAGGAAAUCACUGCGUAAUCUUCGAGAAGAUCUCGAAAAACUCUGUAUGAAAAGAGUACAUUUAUGUAAUUCGUUUAUUUGAUUUCAAAAAUACACAUUCACACAGUUUUA